AUGGCUACCACAAAUGAUGAUCUUGACAAGCAAGAGGGCUGGUACUUGGACACAUGUUGUUCUAAUCACAUGACAGGUCACAAAGAUUGGUUAGUCAACUAUGAUUCUUCAAGGAAAUCAACAAUUAGAUUUGCUGACAGUAGAACAAUCAAAUCAGAAGGCAUUGGUUAUGUGCUAAUCAAGGGAAAGAAUGGUAAUCAAGCACGGAUUACUGGUGUGUUAUAUGUGCCACACAUGCAAUCCAAUCUUCUCAGCAUGGGGCAAUUAGUUGAAAAAGGCUUCACCGUGACCUUAGGGAACAAUCAAAUGAAGGUUUACAAUGUGGAAAACAAACUUAAAAUCAAAUGA